AUGCCAGCGGCAGCAGCGCCACCAGCCGUGUUUUUGCGGUCGUGCGGCACGGACGGCGUGUGCAUGCAGUGCAACACGCUGCCGCCCGACGACCGCGUGCUCGUGUGCGACGCGUGCCGCGGCGAGUGGCACAUGUCAUGCCUCGUGCCGCCACUCACCGCCGCGCCCGCCGGCACGUGGCACUGCCCCGACUGCCACGAGGUCGAAGCAGCGAUGAACCGCGCGCCCAGCAGCGACGGCGGCGGAGCGGGCCGUGCCGCGUCUGGUGCUGCGGCAGGCGGGGCGGAAGCGCUGAGAGAGGCAGAUACGGCGGAAAACGACGGGGAAAACGAGCUGCGGGCGAGGAUUCGUGCGAUCGAGAGCGACGCGUCGCUGAGCGACGCGGAGAAGGCGAGGCAGCGGCAGGCCUUGGUGAGCCGCCAGGCGACGACGGGCGCGAGCGAGAACGGCGGUGGGACGCACGCGGACGGGGCGAGUGCGACGCGGGGCACAAACGCGGCAGUGGCGUCGGAGGCGGCGGCGGCGUGUUUCAGCGAGGCGAUGAACCGCUUUUCCCCCCGUUCCUUUCUUCACCGCCCCUUCUCCCCGUUCACCCACUCUCUCCCCAUGGGUCCUUACUCCUCCUCCCCACAUCCUCCCCCCUAUGCCCGCCAGACCCCCUGCGGGCACAACUUCUGCCUUGUGUGUUUCCGCAAGUGGCUGGCGCAGGGCAAGCGCAGCUGCGCCAAGUGCCGCCGCGCGGUGCAGCCCGACAUGAUGAAGCAGCCGCGCAUCAACCCCGUCAUCGUCGCCGCCAUCCGCCACGCCAAGGCCGCCGCCGUCCGCGCGGCCGCCGGCGGGCUGUCCACGUCAGCACCAGCGAAGCCGUACGAACCAAUCUGCAACAAGAAGCGGCCCGACCAGGCAUUCACCACGGAUCGCGCCGUGCGCAAGGGGCUCUCUAACGCGGCCUCGGGCCGCAUAUUCGUGACUAUACCGGGGGACUUUUUCGGGCCAAUCACAGCAGAGUACGACCCGGAGAGGGGGACGGGCGUGGAGGUGGGCGAGACGUGGGCGAGCAGGCUAGAGUGCCGGCAGUGGGGCGCGCACCUGCCGCACGUGGCGGGCAUAGCGGGGCAGUCCCACCAUGGCGCGCAGUCAGUGGCGCUGUCGGGGGGAUAUGAGGACGACGAGGACAAUGGCGAGUGGUUUCUGUACACUGGCAGUGGGGGCCGCGAUCUGAGUGGCAACAAGCGCACCAACAAGGAGCAUGCGUUCGACCAGCGCUUUGACAAGAGCAACCAGGCGCUGCGCCUCAGCUGCCUCAACGGCUACCCCGUGCGCGUCGUCAGGUCGGAGAAGGAGAAGCGAUCCAGCUAUGCGCCACAGGCAGGCGUGCGGUACGACGGCAUCUACCGCAUCGAACGCUGCUGGCGCAAGAAGAGUGGCGCGGUGCCUUCUCCCUACUCGAACGGUCCUUUCAUUAAUGUAAGUACUCUCGCUCUCACAGCACCCGCCCUUCCCUCUUCCCCCCACUUUCCCCCCACUUCCCCCCAUCCCCUCUCCUGCGCCCCCAGUGACGACGAGGGUGACAGCCCGGGGCAGCCGCUGCCGGAGGUGGCGGAGUUGGCGCAAGCGGUGUCCGAUUUUGCCUGUCCUGCCCCUGUUCCCUGCCCCCCGUGUGUGCCACGCAGUGACGACGUGGGGGACAGCCCUGGACGGCCGCUGCCACAGGUGGCAGAGUUGGAGCACGCGGUGGACAUUACAGAGCGCACGGGGCCACCCGCAUGGGACUGGAUUGAGGAGAAGCAGCAGUGGGGGUGGGUGCGCGCGCCCCCAGCGUGCACCAAGCCCAUCGGCGGCACCAGCACGGCAUGGCGCUCCGCCAAGAGGCUGGCGGCAAGCAGCACGGGCGAGGCGGUCAAGAAGCGGAGGGCGCUGGCACAGAAGCGGCUGGCCAAAGUCGACCCAAACGUCAGAAGGGACUGGCCAAAGGUGAGCGCGCUGGGAGAUGAGAUUGGAGUGUCUCUGAGGUGCCUCGGAAAGGGGCUUGCGGUGGGCAGCACGGGCGAGGUGGUGAAGAAGCGGCUUGCCAAAGACUUCGCGUGUCUGCUGUGCAAAAGCGUGCUGCGCGACCCGGUGUCCACGCCGUGCCAGCACAGCUUCUGCCUGGCGUGCCUGCAGCAGCGCUUCCAUGGGCAGGCCGACACGCGCGACCGCUCCAAGACAGCGGGGCGGUCGCUCCGAGCGCAGAAGAUCGUCAAGCAGUGCCCUGCUGCUCGCUGCACCGCUGACAUUGCGGACGUGCUGUCCCGGCUGCAGGCAAACACAGCGAAUGGUGUUCUGGCCGUUGCCAUUCUCCCUUCCCUUGUGCAACACAACUCCCCUCAUGGCACCCUGGCACUAUUUCCCUUCCCUCACCCCUCGCCCUUCCGCCCACUCUCACUCCCCCUUUGGCCCAUGUCCUGGCACCUCCCUCCAUGGCGCCAGGUGACUCACGACAUGGCCAAUCUGAUUGCGAUGGUGCUCGCAAAGACACAUGCGCAGGACACAGACAAUGGGGGGCGCAUUCUCAUGCCCUCUCUCAAACACUCUCCCUUGCCCCUCCACCCUUCUCGCGCCCUCUUUCCAUGGCGGCAGGUGAAUCACGACAUGGCAGAUAUGAUUGCGAUGCUGCUCGCAGAGACGAAUGCACAAGAGGCAGACGAGGGGGAUGCAGGGGAGGGUGGGGAGGGAGGGGAUGCAGGGCAGGACGGUGAGGAGGAUGGGGAGGAGGGCGCAGAAGAGGAGGAGGAUGAAGAGGAUGAGGGAAACGGGGAGGAUGAAGGGAAUGGCAGUAGCGGGCAGGACGAAGGGAAGGAACGCGAUGGAAGCAUGGAAGGUGCAGGACAGGAGGGGGUGAAGGAGGAGGGGGGGAGCAAGGGGGUGCAAGCGUUGAAUGCAAUCGGUGCUGGGGGGACCAGUCGAGGAGCGGGUGAGGGGAAAGGCAAGGGCGCGCGGGGAGAGGUGGACGGGGGAAGGGAAGGCAGGGUGGUUAACGGGAAGACUGGGGGAGUAGCAGGUGCGUUGAGUACCACUUCAGGUGGCGUUGCUGGUGGUGGCGUUGCUGGUGGUGGCGUUGCUGGUGGUGGCGUUGCUGGUGGUGGCGUUGCUGGUGGUGGCGUUGCUGGUGGUGGCGUUGCUGGUGGUGGCUUUGCUGGUGGUGGCGUUGCUGGUGGUGGCGUUGCUGGUGGUGGUGUUGCUGGUGGUGGCGUUGCUGUUGGUGGCGUUGCUGGUGGUGGCGUUGCUGGUGGUGGCGUUGCUGGUGGUGGCGUUGCUGGUGGUGGUGUUGCUGGUGGUGGUGUUGCUGGUGUGGCGACAGCUUCGGUACCAGGGGGGGCAGCAGCAGAGGGGACGGCAGCAGAGGGAGCAGCCGUGGAAAAGGCAGAAACAGAGAGGCCGGCAGCAGGAAAGGCGUCAGCAGCAGUGGCUCUGGUGGCGUGCAGCUCAAUGGCGGGCGUUCCAGAGGGGUUGCGGGAGGUGAUGAGGGACUACCCUGAAUUUGACGAGGCAACGCUACGAGACAUGCUGGCAGGAGAGGCUGGCGGUGACGAGCAGGAGCUGCGCGGCAUGCUGAAGCGCAUGCGCUGCCACCAGCAGCAGGGGGACAGUACUGGUGCAGGGAAGGGGACAGGAGCAUGA